AUGUAAUAACAAAAAGUGCUCUUUGGAAACAAGUAGAGUGUUUACCUUUCCUAACUUUGCUUCCAGGGUACUAAAUACAGAUUAUAUUCAACUUCUGAGUACAAUUAUGUAGUGAAGGUAUAUGACAAUGGGUAGGAGAAAUGUUUGAAUACUGAAUUACAAGCAGUUCAAAUUUUCAAAGAUUAUGGAAACAGCAACAUUGCAAAAGCCCUUGAAGGGGAUCUACAAUAAAAUAUUAAAGUAAUAGUAUUUGAAAAAGCUGAAGUCCUCCAAAAUAUUUUGAAGGAUUCACAAAAAGGUUUAGAGGAACCUCAAGUCCUAAAAAUCUUAUUAGAUUUGAGCAAAGGAUUAAAGCAAUGUCAUAGUUUAGGCAUCACUCAUCGCGAUAUCAGACCUGAAAAUGUAUUGAUUGGAUUGGACAAAUAAGCUAAAUUAUGGAACUUUUAACGCUGCUUUUUUUAAGUAUUAAAUAGUAUAAUAGAGUAAUAUGAUUAUUUGCCAUAUGAAUACAUUCCUAAAAUUAAAGAAGAAAUUGAAACCAAUACUUUUGAGCAUGUCAGAGCCCCAGAAUAAAAGGACUUUUCAUAAAGAUGGCCAAUUACCAAAAAGGUUGACAUCUACGCAUUAGGAUAAUUAAUGUAUUACAUUCUAUUUAAAGUCCGCUAUGAUUAAAAUCCCAAUUGGGUAAAAAAUCCGAAAUGGGGUCUUUAUAGUAAUAAAUUAUAAGAUUUAAUCAAACUUCUAUUGAUUCCUAAUCCAAAGGACCGAUUGAGUGCAGAAUAAAUUGAAGAGUACAUUCACACGUAUCUACUUAACUAGAAUCCUGUUCAAUCUCAAAUUCAUAUUAGAAGUUUAUCAACAAAUGAAAAAAUGAAUAGAGAAAUUGUUACUUAAAGGAAUGAAAAUGGUAAAAUGAACUAAUUAGAAUUAAUUGAUUUUCAACAUCCCUCUUCAUCAUCACUAUCAACAAAAUUUGUCAAAUUAGUCAGUAAAGUAGCCUAAAAAACUGAUUUUUGGGUUGCUGCAUGUUUGGAAGAAGUUGAUGCUGCUCCAAAUCAAAAAUACUUCCGUUAUCUUCAUGUCAAAGCAUGGUAGAAGAAAGCCAAAAUUCCAAAAUUUUAUGAAAAGCUAUCUAACAGAUUACAAUUAAAUUCUGUUAUAGUUAGUUUUAAGGCUUUGUUAUUAUUACAUAAUUACUUGAAAAAAGGACCUUAAGAAGCUCUAUUAGUUACUAAUUAAAAUUCAUCACCUCUUGCUAUAUUAGAAAAGAUCAAAAACUUUUAAGAAUCUAAUAUGGCUAAAGUAUCUAAGGAUAAAUUUAGAUCUCAGUUUUUUUCUAAUUUAUUAUACAGCUAUUCUCUUAUUUUAAUAGAAAAGGUUAAAUUCCAUUAAUAUUACUUAAAAUAUUUUGAAGGAAAUUUUGCAAUGGUUCCAUUCUUUAAUAAUAUGAAUUCUAAGGAUAAAUUAAAAUUAAGUAUUGCAAUUUUAAAUAAUUUGAUUAAUUUGUGGAAACAGUUCAAUACUUUCAUUAAUAGUUUUUCAUUCUAAAAGUCAUCCCUCUAUAACUUAUAAUUAGGAUUUGCAAUAACUAUGGCAGAUGAAUUAUACAAUAUUUUAUGUACAUGCACUCAUAUAUAUUAUGCUUUAAAAUAGAGUACGAAUUAUAUUAGUGGAGUGACUUCUUAAAAUAAUGAAAUAAAAUCAAUCUUUAUAUAGUUAUAAGAUGAUUAUCAAAACAAUUUUGAAAAUACAAUUUCGUUUUUUCAUUCAUGCAAAUAGAUUCCUUAAUUUUAUUAAAUAAUACCUGAUCCUCCAAGAAGUGUAAUUGAGACUUUGAAAAAAGUACCAUUUUUUCAAUCUAUUAAAGGAGAAUUUAAUAUUUAUGAUUAUCUAAGCUAUUCUAUGUCAAUUGAUGGAAUUAAACUACCAUAAAGUUAUGGUGAGAUUAUGAGUACGUAAGUGAUGGAAUAUGAUGAUGAAGUUGUAGAAUUGGAUCCAAGAAAUGAGAAGUUUGCAACAUAAUAUCCAAUUAAACCAGUAUUAUCAGUAUAACCAUAUUGUGAAAGAGUGAAUAAGUUCAGUUUUGAUUUAGAUCCUACUGUAAAUAGUUCUUCUAAUGGUGCUAAUAUAUUAUAAUAGCAAUCAUAAUAAUAACAAUAUUAGCAGUAGUAAUAAUAGUAAUCAUAGUAAUAAUAAUAAUAAUAAUAAUAAUAGUAAUCAUAGUAAUAAUAAUAAUAAUAAUAAUAAUAAUAAUAAUAAUAGUAAUAAACACAAGAAGCUUAAUUUAUUAAUCAAUAGCUAUAAAAUUAAUAAAAUUCAAUUAAAAGUAUAGAUUAUAAAAAGAAAUAAACCAAGCAAUAAUAAUAAGGAUCCUAUUUAUAUCAAGGUUUAGAAUUUUCAGAUGACGAUGAAGAGCAACAUAAUGAAGAUGAGACAGAGCAAUUCCCAAAUAAACCUAAUGAAUAAUAAUAAAAUAAUUUAAGAGCACCUUUAGCUAAUUAAAAUGUUAAAUUAACAAAAGAAUUGUUAAAUGAUGAUGAAUUCUUGAACUGGGGUGAAAAAAAGAAUGGCUCAGAUAAAUAAAAUGGUAUUCAUUAAAAUUAAAGAAUUUAAUCAGCAAAUUCUUAACCAAUAAAUAACAAUUAUUUCGAUUAAUUGAACUAUCUAAACCAAAAUAAAUAAAUUAAUAAAGUUUCUUAAUAAAAAUUAUAAUAAUAAUAAAAUAAUUUUUAAGUAGUAGAUUAUUUUUAAAAGUAGGGAAGAAACGUUUAAGAAUGGAUGAUUAAUCAUGAUCAAUUAAAGUUAGAAAGAUUAAUUGGUACUGGAAGUAGUUGUGAAGUAUAUAAAGGAUAUUGGAGAGGAGGUGAAGUGGCGAUAAAGAAAAUGAAAAUAAAAUCUUUGAAUGAAAACCAUUUAAAGGAAUUUAGGCGAGAGAUAUCCGCUUUCGUAACAAUUCAGAAGCAUAAUAAUUUAGUCCAAUUGAUGGGAAUAUCUUAAAAAGAAGAUGAACUAUAUAUUGUAACUGAAUUUUGCGCAGGAGGAACAUUAUUUGAUUUAUUACAUAGAAAAAAACACCUAGAUAUUAGUUGGUAGAAUAGAGUUAAAAUAGCAUUGCAAAUUGCAGAAGGAAUGUUACAUUUACAUAAAUUGAAUCCCCCAUUAAUACAUAGAGACCUAAAAAGCUUAAAUUUAUUAUUAGAAUAGACUUAUGAUUAAUCUAAAGUGAAUAUAAAAAUAGCAGACUUUGGGCUUGCAAGAGUUUAGGCUGAUAAUGGCGAGAUAAUGACUGGAAUAUUAGGAACAUUUCAUUGGAUGGCUCCUGAAGUGUUUCAGAAUGUACCUUAUACUAUAAAAGCAGAUGUUUAUUCGUAUGCAAUAGUAUUAUGGGAAAUAUGUUGCCGAGAAACUCCUUAUAAAUCUUUAUCUACAAAUCCUCCAGCUAUAAUGAAAUUAGUAACUGUUGAUAAUGGAAGACCAGAUCUAAACUUAAUUUAGUUAGGAUGUCCUUAGUUUUUAAAAGAUUUGAUGACCAAAUGUUGGGAUCAAGAUCCGAAUAAAAGACCAUCGUUUUAAGAAAUAACUUAAUACUUGCGUGCAUAAUUAUGA